AAAGGUUGGACACAGAACAGGAGCAACGAAAAGUUUAAAAGGGGAGUCUCUCGAUCUUGUCUGUGCUAGCCCUUACUGUUUGUUCAUUUGGCUUAUCGCCGGCAAGUUCUCCAUAGAGACUCUGGUCGUUUUACCCACGGUAAAACUCGCUAAAUUGGUGACCUGAAGCAGCAGUUUCAUUUCAUCAUUUUCGCUACUAGCUUGUAGCUUCCUACUUAUUUAAAGUAGUCAUGUCGUGUCCCCAUCUUUCUCAAUUGCCCAAUCUUGCUGACACUUUUUGGGAAGCUUGUCAGCGCAUAUGGGCUAACGGCAACACUGUCUGCAUCUCAUGUGAAGACUGUGGGGCAAUUUCCAAGAGAAGUGUUCAGUGCCUUCAUUGCAAACACGUUGGUUGUCUUUGGGCCGAGGAUGGAAAAGGGCAUUACCAGAAUACUCAGCACAAGCUUGUGGUGGAUAUGAAGAACGCAUAUAUUUAUUGCUUUGCAUGCGAAGAUUAUGUAUAUGAUCGUGAUCUUGAACGGUUACGAUCCAAUUGUAAGAGCUUGGAAGCAUGGAAAUUAGAUGUUGGAAGUGCAUCACCUGAAGAAGAACGACUUAUGCCCGUGAAGAAGGGAACGGACUUGCUAUUCAAGGAUGCAUGCAUUACCGCUGGCUUACGUGGUAUGCAGAAUAUGGGUGCAACCUGUUUUAUGAGUGUAAUUCUGCAAAGCAUACUGCAUAAUCCUACAUUGAGAAACUUGUUUUUGAGUGGUUACCACACAUCAUCUUUUUGCAAGAAAAGCUCGUGCAUGGCCUGCGCUGUGGAUGACAUGUUCUCCGUGGUUUAUGGACGUUUGGACAAGGCUAGUUUCUUUGGUCCUACUACCAUCCUUAGCCUAAUGUGGAACAUAAGUCGGGAUUUGUGUGGAUAUUCUCAACAAGACGGGCACGAAUUUCUCGUGUAUUUAUUGAACCAAUUGCAUGUAGAUAUGGGAGGAACAAACAACUCAGACUGUGAUUGUGUUAUUCACAAAGUUUUUGGGGGUACGAUGUACAGCACAGUUACAUGCUUAAAGUGCAAAACGAAAAAGAGAACCAUGGAUCCGAUGGUGGAUAUUAACUUGGAUAUAAAGGAGUCUACUCUUGAAGGAUGCUUGAAAAGUUUUGUUGCACCGGAGGCUGUUCAUUACAGGUGCAGUUCUUGUAAUGGACUUGACGCUACAAAACAAUUACAAUUUCACAAAUUGUCGCCAACACUUUCGAUACAACUGAAACGUUUCAGGAACGAAAGUUCCACGAAUUCUUGUAAAAUUGAGAAAUAUGUGUCUUUUCCUCUUCGUCUGUCUCUUGAGACAUCAAGCGAGAGAAGCAAAGUUGACUAUGGACUGUUCUCCGUUGUUUGUCACAAAGGAACACUUGAUACGGGACACUACAUUGUUUAUAUUCUUUACGAAAACCAGUGGUUCCAAUUAGAUGACACAACAAUCACAGAGGUUUCCGAAAAACAGGUUCUACAAGCAGAAGCAUACUUGCUAUUUUAUCAUGAACGGCGCUUGUUUUAUGAAAAGAGUAAAUAAUGAAAAUCAGAUAUCCAUUCUGUAGAUUAACAUUAGAAACCACGACCAGUAAUGGUCAGGUUCCUUCGAUAACGAUAUGGUUCUCAUCAUAUUUUCAAAUUUCCCCACUUUGAAGUAUAAACUAUAUGUUAUGGAAACAGUUUUUGAUGUCCAUGUUUUAUCCACUUAGCCUGUUUUAGCUUUAGUUGAACUAUUUAAUGCAAUUGUAUAAUGAACACUUAGCUAUUUAUAAUAAAAACACCCAGUAUUCACUUUGUUCGUUGA